GUUUCAUAUAAAAGUCAAUUUAUAUACAACAAAUUUGUUAAAUGUUUAUAUAAAAUUCUAUCAAAAUAUCUUAAUGUAUCUACUAAUCAGUGUGCUUGGGACAUAUACCUAUUAUUUAAAUAGUACUUCUUAAAUUUUUUAUAAGAAUACGGGCUCUAGGAACUUAGUAUAGAAUUAUUUUAAUAUCAUGCCAUCAUAUCAUAUAAAAAAAAUCAUUCCUGAAUUACAUUUUAAUGUAUGUCAUUCAAAAUUUUAAAAUAAUUUGUUCCUAGGGUCUAAAAUAGUUAAAGAGUCGCAGUGACCACAGAUUUGAAAAAAAAAAAGGUUUUAAUAUACAGGGUUGUUUAAAAUUAUCCCAAGAUAACCAGAAAAACUGUUUGUACUACUAUAUCUAGCGUAUAGUAUGAUCACACUAUGGAAAUAUUAAUCUUUAAUCUAAAAAAUUAAAUUGCCCUGUAUAAUGACAUCUACCAUUUUCUGGGCUCCUUAACUAAAAAAUACAAAUUCAGUCAUUUUCAUACGAAUUAUUCAAAAUAAAAAAAUUCCUAUAUUUUUAAUAGAUAAGUAUUAAUGAAACAUUUGACAAUAAUACAGCUUUACGCUUAAUAUAUAGACCACCUAAGUAUAAGUUACAUUUUAUGUCUACCUAAAAGUUAUCCUAUUUUUGACAACACCAAAAUGGCGUAGCCUACACCGAGUAUCCUGAGUUUAUUUGUUUACUUGAAUUAUAUAGAGAUCCAACGAAUAUCGUAAAUUCAAAUUCAAUAACUCUGAAAAAAUAUACGGAUUUAUAUUAUCUUAUAAAUUGUUAAAAAUGUUGAGCACAUGUUAAAAACUACUACACAAAUUAUUGUAUUCCAAAUUUUAGAAAACGCAAGUGACGUUUUUCAAUAUUAUUGAAUUUGAAAUUAUUUUUUUGAUGGGUCCAUAUUAUAACAACCAGCGACUAUUUUUGCUUCGAAAAAUUAAGAAAUUUUGAGUCAAAAUACUAGUAGUAUUCAAGAUAAUAUAAAUUUCGCAUCAUCCAUUUGCAACAAAUUAAGAGAAUUAUGUACUCCAGAUCGUUCGUCCAAAAAGGGCAUAACUUAACAUAUCUUUUCAACAAAAAAGUUAUUUUUUUAAAAUUACUUGGCUUUCUAAAAAAAAAAAAAAAAAUAAUAACAAGACCAUCAAAAAUAACCAAUAUUAGGUAUCAAAGAAUUUCGGCCAAUUAAGUUGUAUGUAUACAUAUAUACCCAUUAGAUAGGUAAUAAUAUUUCGUACCUGUAUUGGUAAUAAGUAAUAACCUUCUCAAGGACAACCUGAGUUUUUAUCCUUAUUCAGGGAGACAAAUCACAAUUAACAAAGGACACAAACGCAAAUCCAUUAUCGUCGUUAGGCAAAAUAUUAGGAAAAUGUUAUAUCAUCAGAUAAGGAGGGGAAAUAUAAAUUUCAUCUAUGAACAGACUGCAUCGAGCGAUUGAGUGCGAAGACUAUGGGAAAAUGAGUGCGAGAUUCUCUCUCACGAUUUGGCCUUGCUGCGCAUGUCACUCGACUUAAAUUAUAAGGAAUAAUGUCAACAGCGAGAGCAGUGCUGCAAGACGUACCAUCAUAAUCGUAUUUGUAUGAUAUACUGAAAAAUGGCCCAAUUUUUCGGAAUUUUUAUUUUCCAAUUUACGAGCUACAUUGAAUUUCUGUUGCAUACACACGUUUAAUGCGUUUAAUAUUUUUAUAAUACCGGGUGUCCCAUUAUAUUUUCCAACAUUUAGCAAGCUUAUAACUUUUAAACGAAAGUACUUAAAAACAUGCGGUUUUCACCGAAAUGUAUCAAAUUAUUCCAAGUUUUAUUUCGGUAAAUCCAAAAUUAUUUAGCUCUUCCGGUUUACUGAAAAACAAAAUAGCGGUUUUUUAAAGUCGUAUUUGUUAAUUUUUUUAAUGAAACACCCAGUAUAUUUUUUAAUGCUUCGAAAGCCAGCCCUUUUAGCUAUCUGGCGAUAUAAAGUUUUUUGAAAUCGAUUAAGAAAUGACUGAACAAUUAAAUUUUCUGAAAACGCCUGCAAAAUCAAUAAUUAACAAUAAUUCUCAUCAAUAAUUUUACAGUAGGCUUUGGUACGUUUGUAAGAAAUGUCAAAAUUGUUGUUUUAACUGUUCUAAAAGCUUAGACUAAUGUUUCAAGUGAUUCUUCUUACAUUAAAAUGUUAUUUUCUGAAACAGAAAAGGUAAGUAUCAUAAUUUUGCUGAAACAAAAUCUAUUAUGCGAACAAGACGAAGGUUUUUUAGAGAAUUUAAUAAAACAGCACCGACAUACAAGACAAUAAUGAAGUGGUUUAACAUUUUCAAAAAUAAUGGAUCACUAGCCCGAGAAAAUGAAAUAUCGGCAAUAAUAAUCUUUUACAUGAUACCAUUGGUGUAUACGAGUUUAUUACUAGAUCUGCCAAGUCAUCUAUCAGCGUCACAAUUUAAUAUAAGUAGAUCCAAAGUUCAUAGAAUCUUACAAGCACUGAAACUGAAAUCUUAUAAAAUUCAAUUACACCAAAAAUUAUACGAGAGAGACAAAGAAAAACAUCUAUAUACGAGUAUGUGUGAAACGUUAUUGGACUUGAUAAGAAACAAUCCUGAGCUCCUUUUAAUAAUGUCUGAUGAAGCAAGUUUCCAUGUUAAUGGAGCCGUCAAUAGACACAAUUGUAGAAUUUGGAGUGAAGAGAAUCCACAUGAAUUUUAUGAAAGUGUAAGAAAGAGACUCUCCUAAAGUGAAUGUUUGGUGUGCUGUGAGUAAAUACAAGAUUUACGGGCCAUUUUUUUGCCGAAAAAACAGUUACCGGUCCAAUUUAUACGGACAUGUUAGAAAUAUUUUUUUACCCGCAAAUUGACCAGGAUGGAGAAUUACAUGAAAUCUAUUUUCAACAAGAUGAAGCACCAUUCAUUAUUCACUGAUUGCUCGUCAAUCAGUUUCUAAUAAAUUCGGUAAUAAUUGGAUUGGUAGGACAGGACCAGUUGAAUGGGCUCCAAAUUCGCCAGACCUAACAGUGCCAGAUUUUUUUAUUUGGGGAUAUGUUAAAGCUUUAGCUUAUAAUCCGGCACCUCAAAAUUUAGAAGAGCUAAAAGAUAAUAUACGUCGAGCAUUUGAAAGUAUUAACAUGUUAGGAAAAGCAUAUACAAAUUUAUUAAUAGGUACGUUUACACAAUUGUGUUAAUGUAAACGGAGGACAUAUAGAACAUUUAAAUUAUUCUUAAAUUGUUUAAUAAAAGUUUGUUCAAAUGUUAAAUAAGUUAAUUAGGCUAUACUAGAAUAUCAUUAAUAAGCAAUAAUUAUUGUUGACUAUUGAUUUUGAAUACAUUUUCACAAAAAUUAUUGAUGAGAAUUAUUGUUAAUUAUUGAUUUUGCAGGCUUUUUCAGAAAAUUUAAUUGUUCAGUCAUUUCUUCAUCGAUUUCAAAAAACUUUAUAUCGCUAAGGACUGGCUUUCGGAGCAUCAAGAAAUAUACAGGGUGUUCCAUUAAAAAAAAUUAACAAAUACGUCUUCAAAAAAAAAAACGCCAUUUUGGUUUUCAGUAAACCGGAAGUGUUAAAUAAUUUUGGAUUGACCGAAAUAAAACUUGGAAUAAUUUGAUACAUUUCGGUGACAACCGCAUGUUUUUAAGUACUUUCGUUUAAAAGUUAUAAACUUGCUAAAUGUUGGAAAAUAUAAUGGGACAUCCGGUAUAUAAAAAUAGUUUUAAUUACAGGGUGAUUCACAAAUGAUGGUGGGUGGGGUUUUGCUUACCUGUAAAUCAAAUGGCACCAUCAAUCAUCUUUAAGUCGCCCCGGAGCCCCACGGCAAAUAAUAAUAAUAAUAAUAAUAAUAAUAAUAGCCGUCCUUUUCCCCGGACAAGUUCAGCUUUUAGGGUUAAAAUUCACUCGUAAAGGGGUGAAUUUGGGAGAGUAUUAUUAUUAUAUUAUUUUUUCAAAAAGUACUACUCGAUAUGAUAUUUUGUGGACCACAUAUUGCGCACAUUUCUUAUACAGGGUGUUUUAUAGUGAGAACCACAAAAUAAAAUUAUUUUUUUAAGUAUUACUUAUGAAUUGAUUUUUGGGAAAAGUAAAAGCUAGAUUGUCUUUAUAUAGAAUAUAUAAAUUGAAUAUAAGUUUUGGCGAGAUGUCCAAUACAGUUAAAACAGUUGCGGCUUGUAACCAAAAUAUUGGUGGUUCACAAUGACAGAAUAUAGAUAUCAGUACAGAUGUAGGUAAACAAUUGUCAGUGUUUUAGAAAGGUAUAUAGGUAUAGAAAGGUAUAUAAUACCGAAGUCUCUGAAA